UUUUUUUUUUUCUCAAGGGCGCCCUUUAAUCCAUAUUGGUUUCACAUACUUCAUGCAAUGAGGUUGGCCAUUGAGGAGAUCAAUAAUUCCACCGCAUUGCUCCCCAAUAUUACAUUGGGCUACGAAAUCUUUGACACGUGCACAGAAACGGCCAACAUCUAUGGAACUCUGAGAUUGCUCUCCCGGUGCUCUCAGCCCUAUAUCCAGAUCCAGAACAACUUCACCGACUACAAAACCGAACAUCAUCGCCUUGGUGGGUCCAUACAGCAGCGGUUAUUCUUUUGUGACCGCCAGCGUUAUGGGCUUGUUCCUCAUACCCGAGAUAAGUUAUUCUGCUUCCCAUGAACACCUGAGUCUCAAACAGAUGUACCCCUCAUUCUUUCGAACUAUUCCCAGCGACAAUCUGCAAGUCCAAGUUCUGCUCCAAUUGUUGAAGAGGUUCAGUUGGACGUGGGUGGCCAUAGUUGGCAGCGAUGACGUCUACGGCAGACAAGGGUUACAGGACUUAAAUGCCUUGGCGUCCAAAAAUGGCAUCUGCGUCCCUUACCAUGGCCUACUGCCAAUUACCACCAAUAAAACAGAAAUGAAGAAUAUAGUAGAUAAUAUAGUCCAGACUCACGUCAGAGUAAUUGUGGUUUUUGCUACAACCCAAAUCGCCAUGAUGUUCCUUGAAGAAGCAAUUAAUGGGAACGUCACUGGA